AUGCAUGGGAGAUUAGCUUGUGGUAGGCCUUUGGUGGUUCGUCUAGCUAGUGAGAAGCUUCUGGAAGAAGACUCAUCUCAUGAUCGCUCGAAAAGGUUAUUACCAGAAGCGGCAAAGAGAACGCGGUUUGUCAGUGGGAGCAGCUCAGGGCAAAUGAGCCGAGGAGAUAAAGUAGCUGCCAUUAAGAACAAACUCAAAGCUUUGGAGGAAGAUGAGAAACUAGAUCCCAAGAAGCAGAAGAGAUAA